AUGUACUUCUUCCUUAGCUUCCUAUCCUUUGUUGACAUCUGCUAUUCCUCUGUUACAGCCCCCAAGCUGAUUAUUGACUUUCAAGCCAAGGUCAAGAGAAUCUCUUUUGAUGGUUGUAUGGUCCAGCUCUUUUUUGUCCAUCUGCUUGGCUGCACAGAGAUCUUUAUCCUCACAGUGAUGGCCUAUGACAGGUACGUGGCCAUCUGUAAGCCUCUACGCUAUUUGACCAUCAUGGACUGGAAAUUCUGCUCCAUAUUGGUGGUGUUCUGUUGGUUAGGAGGCUUUGUGCAUACUUUUAUCCAGACCGUGCUCACUGUACGAGUCCCUUUCUGUGGCCCCAACCUGAUCGACCACUACUUCUGUGAUGUCCACCCUUUACUGAAGCUGGGCACAGACACAUAUGUGGUGGGGCUCAUUGCAGUGGCCAACAGUGGCAUGAUUUCACUGAGCUCCUUUGUCAUUCUUGUGGGCUCUUACAUGGUCAUCUUGCUUUCCUUCAAGUCUCACUCAUCAGAGGGGAGGCACAAGGAUCUGUCCACAUGCGCUUCCCAUAUCACUGUGGUAAUAUUAUAUCUUGUCCCCUGCAUCUUCAUCUACCUGAGACCUUCCACCACUUUUCCUGAGGGCAAGAUGGUGGCUGUGUUUUAUACUGUCAUCACACCCAUGUUGAAUCCUCUGAUCUAGAGCCUGAGAAACACGGAGGUGAAAAACGCAGUGAAGAGACUGUGGAUCAAGAGGUUGUUCG